AUGGAGGAGCGCUCUCUUGCUUUCGAGAUUGAAUCGGCAGGAGAAGAGUGCUUCAAGGGCAAGAAAGGCGGGUUCAGAGCCCUCCCCUUCAUCUUCUCAAAUGAGAUGCUGGAGAAAGUAGCUGGAUUCGGGCUCAACACCAACAUGAUCACGUACCUGACCGACAAGUACCACCUCAGCACCGUCACCUCCCAAACGAUGCUGUUCGUGUGGGGCGCCAUCUCCAACUUCGCGCCCAUCCCUGGCGCCAUCGUCGCCGACAUGUACCUCGGCCGGUUCAUGGCCGUCGGGCUAGGCUCCGUCGCGUGCCUGAUUGGGAUGGUCUUCCUAUGGCUGACCGCCACGGUCCCUGGAGCGCGUCCGCCUGAGUGCAACAGCGGCGACCAGUGCGCGCCGCCGGGGACGCGGCACCUCGCGUGGCUACUCGCCGGCUUCGCAUUCCUGUCCCUCGGCGCCGGCGGCGUCCGGCCGUGCUCGAUGGCGUUCGGAGCGGACCAGUUCUCGAGGCACCCCAAGCAGCGUCGGCUCAGGAUCCUGCAGGCCUACUUCAACGCCUACUACGCGUCCAUCGGCGUGGCGUUCACGGUCGCCGUCACGGCCAUCGUCUACCUGCAGGACAACGUCAGCUGGAACGUCGGGUUCGCCGUCCCGAUGGGCCUCAUGCUGCUCUCCACGGUCAGCUUCUUCCUGGGAUCGAGCCUUUACAUCAAGGAGAAGGGCAAGAGGCAGAUGUUCGCCGGGAUAGGCUCCGCCGUCAGCGCGGCGAUCAGGAACCGCAGGGCGCGGCUGCCGGACAAGACCGUCGAUGGCGUGUACCAUCACCUCAAGGACUGCAAGCUCGCUGUCCCCACGGACAAGCUGAGGUUCUUGAACAAGGCGUGCUUGCUCCGUGGCACCAAGGAGGACGCGCUCUGCAACGGCUCGGACGCGGCGGCCUCCGAGCGGCACGGCCACGACGGGAAGAGGCCCUGCACGGUGGACCAGGUGGAGCAGCUCAAGUCGGCGAUCCGCGUCCUGCCGAUCUGGUCUUCCACCAUCUUCCUCGCCCUGGCCUUGAACCAGAGCUUCGCCGUGAAGCAGGCCGAUACUAUGGACCGCAGCGUCGGCGCGGGCCGGUUCCGCGUUCCCAGCGGCUCCCUGGCUGUCUUCAACAUGGCCACCAUGUCGCUGUGGUCGGCCAGCUACGACAGGUGGGUCGAGCCGGCACUGCAGCGCUACACGGGCAACCAGCGCGGGCUCACCAUGAAGCAGCGCAUCGGUGGGGGCCUGCUCCUCGCCACCGCGUCGACGGCUGUCUCCGCGGUAGUGGAGGGCGUGCGGCGGCGGCGGGCGCUGCGCGGGGUCACCAUCUCGGCGUUCUGGCUGGUGCCGCAGUUCGCGCUUGCGGGGCUCGCCGAGGCGUUCGGCAUCAUCGGGGAGAUCGAGUUCUUCUACACCGAGCUGCCCAAGAGCAUGGCCAGCUUCAGCAUGUCGCUGCUGUACAUGGCCUUCGGAGUGGGCAACCUGGCCGGCGCCCUCAUCGUGAAGGCGGUCCAGGUGGCGAGCAGGCGAGGGGGAAGAACGGGCUGGCUCGUCGACAACUUGAACGUCGGGCACUACGACUACUACUACUGGCUGCUCACGGGCUACGGCGUGGCGAACUUCGUGUACUUCGCUUGGUGCUGCUGGGUGUAUGGCGAGGAGGGGAAGAACGUGGAGUGGGAAGAGGACGACAACACGGAGCAGCCCUAG